GUUUUUAAUUGCAUGCUGCGAAACCUAUUCGAAGAGUACCGUUUCUUUCCGCAAUACCCGGACAAGGAGCUCCACAUAACGGCCCAACUUUUCGGCGGAAUAAUCGAACGCGGUCUCGUAUCGAACUACAUGGCGCUGGGACUCGCGCUGCGUUGCGUUUUGGACGCGCUGAGGAAGCAGGAGGGCUCGAAGAUGUACCACUUUGGCGUCGCGGCGCUAGAUCGGUUCAAGUCGCGACUGAAAGACUAUCACAAAUAUUGCGAACACGUGCGGGCCAUACCGCACUUUAACGAAUUUCCGCCGCAUCUCAUCGAUUACAUCGAGUACGGAUUGCAGAGUCUCGAGCCGCCAAAUAAACCGCAGGGUACGGUUUUGCCGCCGAAUUUGUCCUCGAUUUUGGGGCCCUCGUAUAAAAACAGUUCGUCCACGACCAGCAAGUCGAGCACAAUUAGUAGUCGACCGUCGAUCGCCAACGCGACAAACAUCGACACUUUGCUGGUAGCUACGGAAAAAGAAGAAAAGGUGAUUUCCCCCCCGGAAAGUCUCCAAGAAAAAACCUUCUUCAUCUUCAACAAUCUUAGCCAAUUAAAUUUGCAAUCGAAGUGCGACGAGCUGCGCGAAUUAGUCUCGGACGAAUAUUGGCCUUGGAUAUCUCAGUACCUGGUUUUGAAACGUGCUUCCAUCGAACUAAACUUCCACGCUUUGUACUCGAAUUUUUUAGACACCCUGAAAGUCGGCGACGUAUUCAGAAUGGUCACCCGGGAGACCUUUCGUAAUAUAAAGGUCCUCCUCAAAUCCGACAAGGGAAUUGCGAAUUUUUCCGAUCGAUCCCUCUUAAAAAAUCUCGGCCAUUGGCUGGGAAUGUUAACUUUGGGACGUAACAAACCGAUUCUGCAAAUCGAUAUCGACAUAAAAGCGUUGAUCAUAGAAGCCUAUCAUAAGGGAAGCCAGGAAUUGCUGUACGUCGUUCCGUUCGUCGCGAAAAUUCUGGAGUCGUGCGCGAAAAGUAAAGUAUUUAAACCGCCGAAUCCCUGGACGAUGGGAAUCAUGAACGUUCUGGCGGAAUUGCAUCAGGAGCCCGAUUUAAAAUUGAAUCUCAAAUUUGAGAUCGAGGUCCUGUGUAAAACUCUGGAGAUUGAUUUCGCGCAACUAAAGCCGGCCAUUUACUUAAAGGACACCGAAAGAUUGCGAAAGAUAGAAUAUCAGUUGUCGCAACAGUCGAAAAAUACCGAAUCGAUCCUGAGCUCUUCGCAACCGAGUAUCGUAUCGAACACCGAUUCGGAGCUGGUUUCCGUUUCGACGCAGGGAUCCUCGUCGCCGCCGCUCACACAGAAUAGCAGCUCGACGCCGACGUCGUCGCUUGUCGCCCCGCCGGAACCGAGGUUCAGUUAUCUCGACAUACAAUUGGCCGGUAACGCGGCGCUUCACGCGCAUCUUACCGUUUCGCCCGCCAUUUUGAUAUUUCAAAAUCAGCCUCCGUUGAAGAGCCUAGUUCGAAGCGCGGUCGAACGCGCCGUGCAAGAGUGGAUCAAUCCGGUCGUGGAUAGGGCGGUAAAAAUCGCGCUGACGACGUGCGAGCAACUAAUUCGGAAGGAUUACGCCUUGGACGGCGACGAAAAUCGACUUCGAAACGCCGCCCACUACUUGGUCCGAUACCUGACCGCCGGAAUGGUGAUGAUCACGUGUCGAGAUCAGCUGUUGGGCUCGAUUAAUACUCACAUGAAGAACGCGCUUCAGAACGCGAUCGUCGGCGCGACCAUACAGCAAAAGGAGAUGAUCGAGCAGGCGGCGAGCGUGGUCGCGCAAGAUAACAUGGAGCUCGCGUGCGCGUUUAUACAGAAGACCGCGAUCGAGAAGGCCAUACCCGAAAUUGACAAGCGCCUGAUGAACGAUUACGAGGUUAGGAAGAUCGCGCGCCAGGAGGGAAGGCGCUACUGCGAUUCGAUGGCGUUAACUUAUCAAGCCGACCGAAUGCCCGAAGCGAUUCGGCUGCGAGUCGGAGGCGUAACGCCCCAACAGUUGGCCGUGUACGAGGAGUUCGCGCACAACAUACCGGGGUUUCUGCCCCUAUCCGAUAGAGACACGGCGCCUUUCAUUCACAAACCGACGGUCAAUUUGGAGCCGCAAGGUCCGACCAAUGUGUUCCAGACAUCUCAGUCGAUCAUUCCGUCCGACGAAACGAGUACGGUGUACGAUAAGCUGCUAGGCGAAGUGGAGCAGUUCAUUCAGGCCACCGGCAAUCAGCCCAGCUUUAGCAUAAUGAAUAAUAACAUGCACAUACUGCGAGACUGUCUAAUGCACGCCAUGCGCAAUCGAGAUAUGAUUCUAUCGGCGAUGACUCUCACCCAAAAAUGUGUGGAGGGCUUACAAGAUGGUUUAAUGUCGGUAGCGAACGAUCCCGAUCAUGUCCUACACCGAUACAAGGAGAUUUACGUACGCGUGUUAAAGACAAUGCAAGAUCCUCGAGCUUUUGGCCAGCAAUGGACGAACAAGCAGGUUACCCGCUUCCUUACCGAAUGCCGCGACGAUCUGCGCUACAACUUGGACGCCGUCGAUACCCUCAUUCGCGCCGGCUUGGUCAAUCUGCCCCAGUACGACGUCGCGCUCACCCAACUGAUGGACAACGGCCUCAAUUACGUCGCCGUCAACUUCGCCACCCAGUUAAUUCCUUUAUUUCUCAUCGAGGAGCGUACGAACCAGAACGUUACCGAGAAUGAUCUGCCGAACACAAUCGAAAUGCUAGUCAAACUUGCCACGCACACCAGACAGCCGCCCGAGGGAUUGGCGAACGUCAUUGAAUUGCUACGGCAGCACCACGAUCAGACGACGUUUUUCGGGGAUCGUGCGCCCCACGGUCCUUCGAUACACAUUCACAAUGGCAUCUUACAGGUACGUUCUCUGAACUACGAGGAUCCGCCCGGUUUAAUGGAAAAGACCGACUUCCUCCUUCGCGACUGGAUAGGAAUCUAUCACUCUCAGCCUUCCGGUCGCGACUCGACGAAGGCGUUCAGUAUGUUCGUGCACCAGAUGAACGUGCACGGAAUAUUAAAAACCGACGACCUAAUAACGCGCUUCUUUCGACUCUCGACCCAGUUGUGCGUCGAGGCGGUUUACAGGAACGUAACCGAGGGAAGCGCGAGCAAUCAGACCGUGCUGAGAACGAAAUGCUAUCACACUUUGGAUCCGUUCGUUCGUCUGAUCGCGUUACUGGUGAAACACUCGGGGGACGCGAGCAAUGCGACUACGAAAAUUCAUUUGCUUAACAAGGUCUUGGGAAUCGUCGCCGGGUGCCUGCUGCAAGAUCACGAGCAGCGCGCCGGCGAUUUCCAGCAGCUGCCCUAUCACAGAAUCUUCAUAAUGCUCUUCUUGGAAUUGUGCUCGCCCGAGCCAGUUUUGGAGACGAUCAACUAUCAGGUCUUGACCGCUUACUGCCAUACUCUGCACAUUUUAAGGCCCUCGAAGGCGGCCGGCUUCUGCUACGCCUGGCUGGAACUGAUAUCGCAUCGGGUCUUCAUCGGUAGAAUGUUGGCGAUUACUCCGCAGCAAAAGGGGUGGAGCAUGUACGCUCAGCUUUUAAUCGACUUAUUCAAAUACCUCGCGCCGUUUUUGAGAAACGCAGAGUUGGCGAAACCGGUUACGAUGCUGUACAAGGGAACGCUCCGAGUCCUACUGGUGCUACUCCACGACUUUCCCGAAUUUUUAUGCGACUACCACUACGGAUUUUGCGACGUUAUUCCGCCGAACUGCAUACAGAUGCGAAACUUGAUUCUAUCCGCGUUCCCGCGCAACAUGCGGCUACCGGAUCCGUUCACGCCAAAUCUGAAGGUGGACGUUCUACAGGAAAUUACGUACUCGCCUCGGGUAAUCACAAAUUUCGCCACGCUAAUAACGCCGCUUCAGUUCAAGAAAGAUUUGGACUCGUACUUGAAGCAACGGGCACCGGUUACGUUCCUGUCGGAACUAAGAAGUAACUUGCAGGUCUCGAAUGAGCCGGGAAUGCGUUACAACAUUCCGUUAAUGAACGCGCUAGUCAUGUAUGUCGGCACUCAAGCGAUUGGCUACAUACGAAACAAAAGUUUGACACCAAACAUGUCGACGAUCGCUCACAGUGCACAUAUGGAUAUCUUCCAGAACUUAACCGUCGAUUUGGAUACGGAAGGAAGGUAUCUCUUCCUAAAUGCGGUCGCGAAUCAAUUACGCUACCCCAACAGUCACACCCAUUACUUUUCGUGCACGUUACUGUACUUAUUUGCCGAAGCCAACACCGAGGCUAUACAGGAACAGAUAACGAGAGUUUUGUUAGAGAGACUAAUCGUAAAUCGGCCCCAUCCCUGGGGACUGCUAAUUACGUUCAUCGAGUUAAUCAAAAAUCCGAGCUAUAAAUUCUGGAAUCACGAAUUUGUACAUUGCGCGCCCGAAAUCGAAAAGUUAUUCGAAUCUGUAGCUCGGUCCUGUAUGGUUCAAAAGACAACCGUUCAAGCACAAGAAGGUGAUGUUCAAGAGUGAUAUGUUUUAGUGAUUUGUAAAUAAUUCAGGAAAAGUUCUAUUGUUUUGUUUGCCUUUUACGGUACAAUUUUUGAAACUCUUUAGUUAUAGAGAUAAGGAUAGUGUAUAGAGGUAGUGAUAUUGUAAUAUAUUUGCAAAUCAAGUAUUUUUAAGAGAAUUUUCAUGUAUUUGUAAUUAUAUAAAUACGAUUGAUGUAAUUAAAUGGUUUAAAUGUUUUGAGCAUAUUA